CACAAAUUCUCGGAUUGUUUCACCCGUAGACGCCGGUCCCUUCUUCUAUUGAUUUUUUUUUUGCUUGCUUAAAGAGCAAUGAAGUGAUCCUUUUAACUACCAGCUCUUCAAGAUCCGAUCAGAUCUGGUCGUGUUAGUUCCCCUCUCUAAAAUUCACAGCUUUGUCUAUUUGUUUGUAUGUAUCAAUCGAUUCUUCUAUGGGUUUUCUGAAAGAUUGGAGCAUCGAGAUCUCUUUUUUUGGGGAAAAAAUUAUUGGGGUUUUUUCUGGGAAUGAAAUGUCGGGGAUUGUGAGUUAGGGGUUUUCUUUGUUUAGUGGAGGGGUUGGGGUUUUGACCUCCGGAUGUAUGAAGAUUUGGUGCUGCCUUUGGUUUAUCGACGACGAAGGAGACAAUAAUCGACGGGGAGGAACCAUGAAGGAAGGUUUUUUGGCAAAUGUCGACGACAUUGAGGGAAUUAUUGCAAAUGACGGCGACGAAGAAGCCUCCGCCGGUCUAUCUGUCUCCCUAACCGGAACCCUUAACAGUCAACAACAGGGAGACGAGGCGGGGCUGUCGUUUCAAGAAAAUUUCAUCGCCAUGAGAUACGGUGGGAACUGGGUCGAUCCUAUGUGGCGCCAGUCGGUUGGCUGCUCGCGUACUUUCCUUGGUGAGACUAGCGCCUCUUCUUCAGCUGUCGUAAAUGGUUAUGAACACCACGAUUCGCCCCAUAAGCGAGCUAAAGUCAACACCUUUUAUCAUGAGAGCACCUCUUACUCAUCAGCAGAGAGAGAUUAUAGUAUUAAUCAAUGCUCAUCAAUUUCGUCUAAUAAUGGGGUAUUUUAUCACAAUUUCAUGUCGAAUAAUGAGAGUGAUAGGCAUUCUUUUGAUGGAAAAGGUGGGAAUGAGGAGGAAAAUGAAGGUGGUUUGAGAGCUGAAGAUUUUGAGAUUCGAAUGGAUCUAACUGAUGAUUUAUUGCAUAUGGUGUUCUCCUUCUUGGAUCACCGUAAUCUUUGUAAUGCUGCCAUGAUUUGUAGGCAGUGGCGAUCAGCUAGUGCUCAUGAGGAUUUUUGGAGGUGUUUGAACUUUGAAAACCGGAAUAUACGUCUUGAACAAUUUGAUGACAUUUGUCAAAGAUAUCCAAAUGCCACUGAAGUGAACCUGAGUGGCACUCCUAGCAUGCAACUUCUUGUUAUGAAAGCUGUCUAUUCAUUACGAAAUCUUGAGGCUUUAACGUUGGGAAAAGGGCUACUAGGGGAUGCUUUUUUCCAUGCAUUGACCGAGUGUAGUACGUUGAGGAUUUUGGAUGUGAAUGAUGCUAUUCUCGGUGACGGUGUUCAAGAGAUACCUAUUAACCAUGAUAGGUUAUGUGAUCUGAAAUUAACUAAAUGCCGUGUGAUGCGUAUAUCCAUCAGGUGCCCACUAUUAAAGAGUUUGUCUUUGAAACGUAGUACUAUGGCACAGGCAGCCCUUAAUUGUCCCCUUUUGCAGCUGCUUGAUAUAAGUGCAUGCCACAAACUUACAGAUCCAGCAAUUCGUUCUGCAGUGACUUCUUGCCCUCAAUUAGAGUCUUUAGACAUGUCAAAUUGUUCGUGUGUUAGUGAUGAAACAUUGCAAGAAAUAGGUCGCUCUUGUUCUGUUCUCCAUGUUCUGAAUUCGUCAUAUUGUCCAAACAUAUCUCUUGAGUCUGUAAGACUACCAAUGUUAACAGUUCUUAAGCUUGACAACUGUGAGGGUAUCACUUCGGCUUCAAUGGGUGCAAUAGCAUACAGUUAUAUGUUGGAGGAGUUGGAGCUUGAUAAUUGCCACAUGUUGACAUCAGUGUCACUGGAUCUUCCUCGUUUGCAGAAAAUUCGACUUGUUCAUUGUCGAAAAUUUGCUGACCUGAAUGUACAAUGUUCCAUGCUAUCAACAGUAACGGUGUCCAAUUGUGUCGCACUCCAUCGCAUUAACAUCAGUUCAAAUGCACUUCAAAAAUUAGCGUUGCAGAAGCAGGAAAAUUUGACAAUGUUGGCACUGCAGUGUCAAGAUUUGCAAGAAGUAGAUCUCACAGAUUGUGCAUGUUUGACAAAUUCUAUUUGCAACAUCUUUAGUGAUGGUGGUGGAUGUCCUAUGCUAAAAUCAUUGGUUCUGGACAAUUGUGAGAUCUUGACAGCAUUGCAGUUCUCCAGUACAUCUUUAGUCAAUCUAUCACUGGUUGGUUGUCGUGCGAUUACUACUCUGGAUCUUGCAUGUCCAUGUCUAGAGAAAAUUUGUUUAGAUGGCUGUGACCAUCUGGAAAGAGCUUCAUUUUGUCCUGUGGCUCUUCUGUCACUUAAUCUCGGAAUAUGCCCCAAACUGAACACCCUCGGAAUCGAUGCUCCUCAUAUGGUGUCACUUGAGCUGAAAGGAUGUGGUGUCUUAUCUGAAGCAUCCAUAAACUGUCCUCUAUUGACAUCUCUGGAUGCUUCUUUUUGCAGCCAACUUAAGGAUGAUUGCUUAUCUGCAACCGCAGCUUCCUGCCCUCUGAUUGAGUCAUUAAUAUUGAUGUCAUGCCCAUCUAUUGGUUUUGAGGGUCUUUACUCUUUGCGCUGGCUUCUAAAUUUAACGACACUUGAUUUGUCAUAUACCUUUUUGACAAAUUUGCAGCCUGUUUUUGAGUCUUGUUUGCAGCUGAAGGUGCUAAAAUUACAAGCUUGCAAAUAUCUAUCUGACUCAUCAUUGGAGCCUCUUUACAAGGAAGGUGCUUUACGAGAACUUCAGUAUUUGGAUUUGUCAUAUGGUACCCUGUGCCAAACUGCCAUAGAGGAGCUUCUUGCUUCUUGCACACACCUUACCCAUUUGAGCUUGAAUGGAUGUACACAUAUGCAUGACCUGAAUUGGGGUUCUACUGCUAGCCAAUUUGAGUUCCGUGGUGUACAUGAUGGAUCUAGCACGUUCUCUUUUGAGAACAUCAAUGAACCAGUCAAGCAAGGGAACCGCUUACUGCAGAACCUGAACUGUGUAGGCUGUCCCAAUAUUAGGAAAGUGCUCAUCCCUCCAGAAGCUCGUUGUUUCCAUAUGUCAUCCCUAAAUCUUUCUUUGUCAGCCAAUUUAAAGGAAGUUGAUCUUGUUUGUUUCAGUUUGACCUUUCUUAAUCUAAGCAAUUGUUGCUCUUUGGAAGUUUUGAAGCUCAGUUGUCCUAGACUGACUAGUCUCUUUCUUCAGUCUUGCAACAUUGAGGAAGAAGCUGUUGAAUUUGCUAUAUCACAAUGUGGCAUGCUGGAGACUUUGGAUGUUCGUUUUUGUCCGAAGAUUUACUCGACGAGUAUGGGAACAUUUCGCGCUGUUUGCCCCAGCUUGAGGCGUAUUUAUAAUAGCUUGUCACCUGCAUGAUGUGAAUCCGGUCCUAGAAUUUCGAUCUCGCAGCAGCAACAGCUUGAUAUUUUCCGAUGAUUGCCUCUGUAUGUAAACAAAUAAAUCGCUCACCAUUGCUCCCUGUCUCCUUUGGAUAUAUUUACGUGUGUAUGUGUAUGUAUAUGGACUUAUUGAUUGUUUUUGUAUUGACAGAAGGAACUGCAACGGGGAAGGUGGGAGCUGCCCCCAUUUAAACCCUAAAAUUACAUUUGGGCAGUGUACUGUAAUAGUGGUCUAUAUGCCCCUAUAUUUGAUUUUGUGUUAAUUUAAACACAAAUUUGUAGGCUGU